GGGCCAUUAGCCUCCCCUGCUAUCCACUUCCUUCGAAAUCAAUCGGAUUCCGUCCAAUUGGAAGACCAGAUGAGAUAGUCACUUCAUAGAUAUCUACUGCCUUUGGCCCCUUCUCCAACUCGAAUUCCCGAGGUCAUACGCAUGGGCGGGGCACGGAGUAUGGGACUUUCUCUUAUCUUGGCCCAAACUAGUUCUCUUCUCCCCUCCUGAGUCUUCUAUUAAAGCCGAAUUUCCCCGUUUACGAGAGAGCAAGGCAAUCGCAUCUACCCUACGCCCACUGCGCGCGCGACAGAAUCAGCCACAAUGCCUCUCAAUUCAAAGGCGGUCUACUCUCGCAUAAACCCUGACCUCACUCCAUUUUCGAGCCGAAGGAGUACUGUACACAGCACAAAUGGAAUUGUCACUUCGACUCAGCCCUUGGCUGCCGCGGCGGGCCAACGGAUCCUCAAGGCCGGAGGAAAUGCGGCCGAUGCCGCUGUAGCCGUGGCUGCCACUCUAAACCUCACCGAACCUAGCUCCACGGGGAUUGGAGGAGACAUGUUCUGCCUUUUCUACGAUGCCAAGACGAAGAAAGUACACUCUUUGAACGGUUCAGGAAGAUACGCAGCCAACGCCACGCUCGAGAAGGUCAGAAAGGACUUGAACCUAGGACCGGACGACGUGGGUAAACUUCCCUUCAGAAAAGCGGUUGCGGUAACUACACCGGGGGCGGCUGCUGGAUGGGUUGAUACAGUCGAGAAAUUUGGCAGCGGCAACCUAUCGCUAGAGCAAAUCCUGCUUCCAGCCAUUGAACUUGGAGAAGAAGGAUUUCCCGUGUCGGAGCUAUCGUCUUAUUACUGGCAUGAACAGGAAUACCUACUCCGCCAAGCGUCUCCAAAUUCGCAUGAGAUGCUCAAGGCUGAUGCGAACGCCAAGAACGGAUGCAGAGCCCCCCUGCCCGGCGAGAUCAUGAAAAACUCUGCGUUGGCCAAAACUUUCCGAACGCUUGCAGCCGAAGGGAAAAAGGGAUUCUAUGAAGGACGAGUUGCGGAAGAGUUGAUCAAGGUUGUUCAGGACCUUGGGGGCUACUUGACGCUGGAAGACCUCAAGUAUCAUGCCGAGACAGGAAGCCAGGAGACCGAAGCUAUUUCCCUCAAGUUCACCGGGCAGGGGAUUGUUGAGAAGCAAUCCAAUGGUACAGAUGAUGAGGUGAAUCAGGGAGUAGAGAUUUGGGAGCAUCCGCCAAACGGGCAGGGCAUCGUCGCACUCAUGGCAUUGGGCAUACUUGAAGAACUCGAGCGAACGGGCAAGAUCCCUACAUUCUCGGAAGAUCAACACAACUCAGCCGAGUAUCUCCACGCUAUCAUUGAAAGCCUUCGCAUUGCAUUUGCCGACGCCUCGUGGUGGGUAACCGAUCCUGACGUCGAGAAGGUCCCAAGCCAAGAACUCCUCUCACAAGCCUAUCUGGCCGAACGGGCAAAGCUGUUCAACGCUGACAAGGCCUCUGACAUUCUUGACCACGGCAGCCCGGCCCACAACCACUGCGACACGGUCUACUUUGCAGUCACCGACAAAGAGGGCAACGGCAUCUCGUUCAUCAACAGCAACUACGCCGGGUUCGGAACCGGUAUCAUCCCCAAGGGCUGUGGAUUCACAUUGCAGAACCGAGGCGCCAACUUCUCUCUGAGUCCCGACCACCCCAAUGCUCUGGCUCCCCGAAAGCGCCCCUACCACACCAUCAUCCCUGCAAUGAUCACCAACGUCUCCGACGGCUCUCUCCAUUCGGUGUAUGGCGUUAUGGGUGGAUUCAUGCAGCCCCAAGGCCACGUCCAGGUUCUGCUCAACAUGCUCGCUUUCAACUACAACCCUCAAGCUGCAAUGGAUGCUCCUCGAAUUUGCAUUGCCGCUGCGCCGCCUGAGCUUCCGCAGGACCGCACCGUCUACGUCGAGGAAGGGAUCAGUGACGAGGCCGUCGUAGGCCUACAGCAGCUCGGCCAUAAAGUGGAAGUUCUCAAGGGAUGGGAAAGAGGCAUGUUCGGUCGUGGGCAGAUUAUCCGAUGCCAUUAUGAUGAGGGAAGACUUGUAUACAGCGCCGGGAGCGAUCUCCGCGGCGAUGGAAUGGCUAUUCCUGUCAUAUAAUCCCCUUGUCUCUUCUACCAGUUUACAUGAUUACAAUGACUACCUUGCUUGUAUAUAC